AUGGACAAGCAUGGAAAUGCAGAGGUGUUGCUCCAGGCCGUUAUUAUCAGCGACUCAUACAACACCCGCUUCAAGCCGCUGACUGACGACCGUCCACGCUGUCUGAUGCCUCUCGUCAACGUUCCUCUGAUCGAAUACACCCUCGAAUUUCUUGCAUCGUCCGGCGUGCAAGAGAUCUUUAUUUUCGUAUGUGCUCAUGCAGACCAGAUCAAGCACUACAUCAGACACUCCAGCUGGCAGGCUUCUGGAAUGCCACGGAUAGAGCUCAUUACAACGCCAGACUCAACUUCUGUCGGCGACGCCAUGCGAAGGCUGGAUGAGGAGCAAAAGAUCAAGUCAGACUUUAUUCUACUUAGCGGCGACGUCGUGAGCAAUCUUGCCGGGGCCGACAUGGUCAAAGCUCACAAGGCGCGACGGGAGCUCGACAAGAGUUCCAUCAUGACCAUGGUCUUUCGAGAGACCAAUUGCUCGCAUCGAACACGCAGCACAGCUGAGUCUCCAGUUGUGGUGCUCUCUGGAAGUCAAAAUAGAUGCGUUCACUACAGCCGAGCGUUUCAACCACAGUCAGCAAAACUGCUCCUUGAUCUUGCAGUCCUGAAAGGGGCCGAGUCAACCCAGAUUCGCAAUGACUUGGUGGAUUGCAGCAUCGACAUUUGCUCACCGGAGGUUCCAGCAUUGUUCAGCGAGAACUUUGAUUACAACGACAUGCGGGGAGACUUCGUUCAUGGCAUUCUGACAAGCGAUCUACUCGGUAAAACCAUUCAUGCCCAUGUUGAAGACAGUAAAUAUGCCGCCAGAGUACAAGAUUUGCGUAGCUAUGAUGCUGUCUCGCGUGACAUUAUCGCGCGUUGGACUUACCCAGUUGUACCGGACAACAUGGCAUGGCUCUGUGGAGCUUAUACCCAUGAGAGGUCAAACGUUUACACAGGAAAGAAUGUUCGCCUCUCAAGAAAAGUGGCCCUAACCUCCCACGUGGUGCUCGGGAAGCAUGUAAAGGUCGGGGACAAUUCAAAGAUCUCGUUUUCGACACUCGGUGCGGACUGCGCAAUUGGGCCGCAGUGCACAAUCGCCGAUUCAUACCUGUGGGAAAACGUCACCGUAGGCAGUAAUUGCCGAAUCGGACAAUCAUUGGUGGCAAACAACGUUGUAAUUGGUGAUGGGUGCGUACUGCAUCCUGGAGCCGUACUUGGACCUGGCGUGCGCCUCGCUGACGGUACUACAGUCGCAGCUAAUGUGACACUAGUCGCCGACGGGGAGGCAGAUGUCGAGAUUGUUGGACAGGGCGGUCAGGGCCACGUAUAUCUGGACGUCAGAUCAGAUUGCGAAUCAGAUUCGGAAGAUGAUGACGACCAACCCGACUCGUUCAUGGCAGAUUACGCAAAUCAUCUCUCACAGAUGCAGUACAGGCAAGCAGCGCUCAACUUCUCAGAUCUGAGUAUCUCAAGUCUUGGCUCAAUACCUGAUAGCGAACGAGCGCGUCGGCCAAGUUUCGCUGCGUCAGCUCAAUCUGAGGACGAACAUGCCCUGGUUUUCUAUGACUUGGCCCGGGCUGAUCUUGAAACAGCUUUCACUGAAGACCACAACGUCGACGAUGUCAUGCUAGAGAUGACAUCGUUGCGCAUGCGCGAGGAUGUCGGCAUGCAUGAGGUCAGAAUUGCCGUUCUUAGCGCAAUGUUAGCAAAAUGUGAAGCUGGGCAGUCCAACAAGGCUGUCUUGCGCACGAAACAGCUUGUCAAGCGCUGGGGUCCCCUACUCCAGAGGACCAUCUCGCCAAACACGAUCAAGGAGGACUGUCUUGACUUGUUGCUUUCAAUGCAGAGAAUUUGCAGCACAACAACUUCAUCCGAUCUUUUUGUGCCCAUGACAAAGUUUAUGUAUGACGAUGAGAUACUACCAGAGGUUGCCAUCUUGGACUGGUACAACGACUUGCAGUCAGCAUCAGAUGAAUCCCUACGUCAGACAAGGCAGAAGGCGGUUGAUUUCGUGAGCUGGUUGCAAGAAGCUGAAGAGGCGUCAUCGGAUGAUUCUGAUUAG